GAAGGCCUGCCCAUAGUGCAGGUGAAGUUCUGUGGCGCACAAAUAUGCGCAUGUGCAGAGUCCUUACGAGCCAAACAGAUGUGCAGGUACUUGGACAUCGGCGCACUCGCACUAAUGCUGGCGCCAAAAGGGCCAUUUAAACUGGCUGCAGUAGUUGUCCCAUUGCCGUAUGGUCUUUUCCCUGCUCAUGUUCCCCGAUGCCUGUGAUUGUCUCCUGAUACCGAACCAGCCUGUUCCUGAUCUCCCCUUGAUUGCUUCCUGCCCUGACCUCCGUCUUGUCUUGGACUAUUCUUCUGUCUCUGCUCCUGUCUGAUCUUCCGUUACUGACCUGACCUUUAACCUGACUACUCUUCCUCCUGCCGCUGCAAGCCUGAUCUGCCUGAUCGAUACCAAACCCGGCUCGUCUGACCCUGCAUCCUCAGCACGCUACGCUUGAGUAUCCAU